AUGAGGGCACUCUGCUUCCUCGCCGCCGUGUGCGGCGUUCUGAAUGCGCUCAUUGCGCCGGUCAUCGCGCAAAUCAAGUCCACAGGUCUGACUACGGACGUCGAAUGGGAUCCGCACUCGCUGUUCAUCUUCGGGCAACGCGUCUUCGUGCUCUCAGCCGAAGUGCACCCUUGGCGCUUACCAAACCCGGAGCUGUGGGGCGACGUCUUUCAGAAGAUCAAGGCGAACGGAUUCAACACCGUCUCGUUCUAUGUACACUGGGGGUUGCACUUCCCGACUUCUGAUACAAACGGAGGCGCAGGUGACUGGCAGGAGGGAAGUUACAGGGACAUUCAGAGGUUCAUUAACGAGGCAAAGGCUGCGGGACUUUGGCUCAUCGCGAGGCCAGGACCCUACAUCAACGCGGAAACUAGCGGCGGAGGCUUCCCGGGUUGGGCCGGCAACAUCGCCGGCAGCGUGCGAACGGAUAAUGUGAACUUCACAGCUGCAUGGAUGCCCUAUCAAACCGCCAUCUCAAAAAUCAUAGCAAAGAACCAGAUCACCGAAGGUGGCCCCAUCAUUCUGGUGCAGGCAGAAAACGAGUUUAGCGCCGGCACUGGCCGGAGUGACUAUAUGCAGGCCGUCAUCGACACCUUUAGAGCCAAUGGCGUUGUCGUCCCCUUGACAUUCAACGAUCAACACUCCGGCCAGGCCGGUAACUUUAGCCCAGACAAGGGUGGUCAGGGCGCCGUUGACAUAUACUGUGGCGAUUCUUACCCUCAAGGAACGUCAAGAUGGUCCCAGACCCAGCUCGUCUACUACGCUUACCAUAAAGCGGCGGCUCCGAGUAAUCCUCUGUGUUUGGCCGAGUUCGGGGCUGGAUGGCUUAUGGGGUGGAACUCGGGUGCUUUGGGCGGUACGGGUUAUGAGAAGUACGAGACCACCCUGGACAACAACGAGUAUGAGGCCGUCUUCUACAAGGAUGCAUAUGGUCAAACGGCGACCAUCUUCAAUGUUUACAUGGGCUUCGGCGGAACCAACUGGGGUCAAACAGCCGAACCCACUGUGUAUACCAGUUACGACUAUGGCGCCGCCGUCAAUGAGAACCGUGUAGCGACGCUCAAGAUGAACGAGAUGCGCCUUCAAGGUGCCUUCCUUCGCGUCGCGCGCGAGCUCACCGGCACCACCCAGAUCUCGAAUGGCACCAACUACACUUCAUCUUCCCUGAUUCACACAGCCGAACUUCGCAAUCUCGAGAGUGGAUCGGCGUUCUACGUUCUGCGCCACAACGACAGCACCUCACUCGACCUUACAACGACUUCACUCAUUGUGAAUACAUCGGAGGGAGAGCUUGAGAUACCGAAGUCCGGAAACAUCACCCUCACUGGUCGCGAUAGCAAGAUCCUUGUAACGGACUUUACUUUUGGCGCUAACGAUACCUCUAUCCUAUACUCCACCGCUGAGAUCAUGACUUGGACGACAAUCGGAGAUAGGGACUACCUCGUACUCUACGCGCAACCCGGAGAAAACGGCGAGACGGCGCUCAAGUUUGAUACAGAGCCAACGGUCAACUUGACCGAAGCUCCGACCGCCUCAUCCUCCUACGAUAGUGGUCUUCUCGUCCUCAACUACGCUCUAGAUGGAGACCAGUAUAUCGACAUCGAAGGAAACAAUUCGAUCACUGUCGUUGUUCUCGACAAGACGUCGGCGUACAGCUGGCAUGCUCCGAUCUUACCUGGCGAUGGAGACUUCCCGAAUUACUUCUCGAUCGGGUCGAACUCGUCAGUGCUUGUGAAAGGGCCGUACCUCGUGCGAAACGCGAGCAUCUCCGGAGAUACCCUGCACCUUACCGGAGACAUCAACGGAACGACAACCGUCGAAUUCAUCGCUCCGCCUAACCUCAACACGCUGCUCUGGAACGGCGUCUCAUACGAUCUCACUCCGACAUCGCACAGAUCCUUCGUAGUGCAGAUCGAGGCGGUAGAUGCCAUUGCUUUGCCUAUCCUUGGCACGUGGAAAGUCUCCGGGAGCUUGCCUGAAGUAGAUCCCGACUUUGAUGAAUCGGAUAUGGUGACGGCGGACUUGACGGCUACGAAUUACACGAACCUGCCUCCGCUCUCAGGCGACGUCGUACUCUACUCUCAACAAUACGACUUCUUCGGAGGCAACCUGAUCUUCCGUGGGAACUUCAACGCCUCGGGUACUGAGACUGGCAUCAACCUCACGGUCAUCGGCGGGUUCGGGUUCGCGUACUCUGCGUUCCUCAACGACCACUUCCUUGGGUCGGGUCAAGGCAACUCGACCGUAGCGCAACUCACGGAUGUGUGGGAUGUUACCGCCGGUAUGCUCAGGGUUGGGCAGGAUAAUGUUUUGACUGUCAUACAAGACCAUAUGGGCAUCGUAGAGACGAGCUCCAACAGCGGCAAAGAGCCGCGAGGCAUCCGCGGCUACGAGAUCCUUGGCUCGAACGCGACCUUCACGUCCUGGAAGAUCCAAGGCAACCAAGGUGGCGCGCGUGACGCGCCCGAUACGUUCCGCGGCUACCUGAACGAAGGCGGCUUGUACGCUGAGCGCAUCGGCGCGCACCUUCCCGGGUUCGAUGAUUCGAACUGGAACACGAGUUCGCCUCUUGCGUCUGAAGGAGGGGGACUCACUGGUGCUGGUGUGAACUUCUAUCGCACUACGUUCAACUGGUCUGCUCCGCUCGACGUGGAUGUCCCUCUACGGCUUUCGAGCACCCCCAGUGAUAUCGGCGUGCACUUCCGUGCGCAGAUCUACCUGAACGGAUGGCAGUUGGGCAAAUACGUGAAUAACCUCGGCCCGCAAACCGUAUUCGUACUUCCGCCAGGCAUACUCAAGCGCCAAAGCGAGAACACGCUCGCAGUGUCUCUCUGGUCGCUCGAUGACGAGCCGGUCGGGUUGGCUGGUCUCGAGUUCAUCUCGGACGGCCAGUUCUCGUCGGCUUUGAAUCUGGUGGACUAUGAGCUCGCUCCUGACUACGCUACUCAGGCUUCUCUUCGCCCGUCUCCUCUUCUUGUCGCACCGAUGUAG